AUGGAGCGAAUCAAUCCGCUUGAAAAGAUUGAACAACUUCUUACAUGUCCUAUUUGUUUAGAAAGAUUUAAAAAUCCUAAAUUAUUAGCAUGUCAACAUACAUUUUGCCUUCAUUGUCUUGAUGGAUAUGCAGAAUCUUCAAUUGGUAAAUUAAAAUGCCCUGAAUGUAGAGCUGAACAUAAUUUACCAUAUGAUGGAGCAAAAAAUUUACAAACAAAUUAUACACUUGUACGAUUUUUAGAUAUUCAUCUUGAAGCUUCAGGUGAAAAUACAGAAGAAAUUGAAGCUUACAUUGAUAGAUAUAAUAUGGAAAGAUGUAAAAUAUGUGACGAAAAGACAACUUGCGAAAACUGUUCACAUUGUGAUAAAAGAGCAUGUAGUGAUUGUCGGAAAACACAUAUGCAAAUGGUAAAGAAAGAUUUAGGACGAUUAAUGAAUCAGGUUAAACGUCUUUCAAAUCGGUUAACGGAGUCAAUUUCAAAUAUUGAUAAAAGUAUUGAAUUUACAAAAGGUAAUUGUGAACAUUCAAAAAAAGAAGUUCAAGAGUAUUUUGCUAGAUAUCAAAAAGAACUUGCGAGGAGAGAACAAAAUUUUCUUUCUGAGAUAGGUGUAUUUCAAUCGACAGAGUUAACAUUAUUGAGGUGCUUACGUGAAGCACUUGAAUUGGAAAAAUCAAAUAUUGAUGAUUCUUGUCAAUGGGUUGAAGAAGUUAUAAAUAAUAAUAAAGAUUAUGAGGAAACUAAUUUAAUUAAGAUGAAACAAAUGUUUGUUGAAGGAUUAGAUUACUUAAGGAGUUUCCAACCAGAUCAUGAUGAAUAUUUUGGUAAAAAAUUAAGAUUUAGUCCUGGUGAUGAUGCUGCAAAACUUCCAAUGGCAAUAGCAAAUUUUGGAGAAUUAACUUUAAGUUUACCACAAUUUGCCGGAAGAUACCUACCAUUAGAACAACAUUAUUUACCAAAAUCAUUUAAAUUGAAUCUUGAAAGUGAUUGUUUCAAAAUAUCAAAAAGAUCACAGGCAUUAGAAGAAAAAAAUAAUGAAAAUCGAGGAUUUUCUAGGCUUGGAACAAGAAAAUCACCACCAUUAGAUGAUAAUUUAAGUAGAUAUAGUAGAUCAAGACUAAGAGUUACUGGAUAUGAUAGUAGAUCAGGUAGAUCAAGUCCUGAAAUUUUUCCAAGUAAUGAUAGAGUUGGAUCAAGUCCAUGGAGCAAAUUACCAGACUUAGAAAUAUCAAGAAAUAAUAAAGAAAAUGAUAUUAUAAAUAAACAAAGUAACAAUGAAAUACCAUCAAAUAAAAUAACAAUAAAAGAAAAAAUUUCAAUAAAUAAAAAUAAUGAUUUAUUGUUAAAACAAAAUGAUCAAACAAAAAGAAUUAUUGAAAAUCCUUUUCAAAGUCAUAUUCCGGCAGUAUUUGCAGUUGCUCCAAAUAAUGUAGUUAAAAAUAUUUGUGGAAAUGGUCCUUCAUCAAGUCAAAUUAAACCAUUAAAUAUAGAAACAAUAAAAAAUGAUGGUUCAAGUAAUGAUAGUAAUAAUUCUGUUAUCAAGCCAGAAGCCAAAAAUAAUGUAGAGAUUUUUUCAGUAACUUCUGAAAAACCUCCUGUUCACAAAUUUCGUUGUAUUAGCCGUUCACAGUCACGAAAUUUUGAACGACAAAAUAAUGAAAAAAAGGAAAGUUCAUCUCCUGCAAGUUUAUCAUUUACUACAACAUCUCAAAAACCACAUGAUACUCCAACAAAUAAUAGUGUAAAAAAAGAAAAUCCAUCUGAAGAUAUUACACCAAUAAGUGUUAUGCAUUUUUCUGGAAUAUCACUUGUUGAAAGAGUAUCACCACUCCCCACAUUUAAUGAUUCAUUUGAUUUUUCAUCACCUGAUGUUUCAUCAACUACUGAGGGAUCAUCAUCAACAGAAAUUAAAUCAAAUAAUGCUGAAUUACCACCACAACCUCCUACUCCAAAGAUAUCACCAAAGACAUCACCAAAAGAAUCUUCAAAAAAUAAUAUUAAUGAAAGUACCUCAACAUCAAUUACUAAUAGUGAUAUACCAACAUGGAUUUUAAGGAGACGACAACGUAAUAAUGGUAGUUAUGGUAGAGCAAAAUCAAAUCCUGAACCUGAAGCAAUUCGCCAUGCCUUAACAUUAUCAUCAAUACCAUCAUCUCAAGAUAAUAAUACUCAUAAAAGUAGAAUUAGUUCACGUGAUGAUAGUCCAUCAGGAUCAAGUAGAGUUCAACAAUUGUUAAGAGAACGUGGUGAUCGUCUCUCAUCAAUUGGUGGGGAUGGGCGUAUUAUAAAUGGUCACCAGGCAUCUAAUAAUACUACUACUAAUAAUAUUAAUGAAAUUUCUAUUGGAAAUGAUGAAAAAAAAUCAAAAUCAAUAGGAGUGACUCAUAGUAAUUUGAUAAGAGAAAGAACACCAUCAAUUGAUAGAAUAUGUAGUAAUAAUAAUAAUAAUAUAUUAACAAGAGUUAAUUCAUUUUCAUCAUCAAUAAUAAAUUAUGAAAGUAAAUGUAUACCAAAAUAUGUUAUUGGUCAAAAAGGUACCAAUGAAAAUGAAUUUAAUUGUCCUCGUGGUAUUGGUGUCCUACCUGGUGAUGGAAAAUUAUUAACAUCUUUUGGUAAACAUGGAUCAAAUGAUGGAGAAUUUGAUAAUUGUUCAUGUGUAGCAUUUAAUAAAUUUAAGUAUCAAUUUAUUGUUACAGAUUCAUGUAAUAAUCGUAUACAAAUAUUUGAUUCAACAGGAAGAUUUGUUAAAAAAUUUGGUAAAGAAGGAACUGGUGAUGGUGAAUUUAGAAGUCCAUGGGGUGUGUAUGUUGAUGAGAUGGGAUUUAUUUUUGUAUGUGAUAGAAAUAAUCAUAGAUUACAAAUUUUUGAUCAAAAUGGAAAUUUUAUAAGAAAAAUUGGUAGUAAAGGAAAUGGUCCAAUGCAAUUUAAUAAUCCACUUUAUGUAUGCGUACAUAGAAGAUCACAAAAUAUAUAUAUUUCUGAUUCAGGUAAUAAUCGUAUUAGUAUUUUUGAAAGUGAUGGUAAUCCAUUAUUUCAAUUUGGAAGUGAAGGUUUUAUGCAAGGUUUCUUGAAAUCUCCUCGUGGUUUAUUUGUUGAUGAUCAAGGUUUUGUUACAGUUGCAGAUUCUGGAAAUGGGAGAGUUCAAGUUUUUUGUCCUGAUGGAUCAUUUUAUUAUGCAUUUGGUUGUUGGGGUACAUCUGCCGGUCAAUUUAAAGGUUUAGAAGAUGUUGCACUUCUUAACGGAAAUUCAAUAGUUGUUUCUGAUCGUGAAAAUUGUCGUUUUCAAAUUUUUUAG